GUGAUGAAGAAGAGUGUGAUUGGACCAGACUUUGAAAAGAAGGAUGCUGUACCACCAUACAGUGAAUCCAAACAUGCCCUAAAGCUAAAACGCAGAGCAGAGAGGGAGAAGUCAACAGGGGAUGGUUGGUUUAACAUGAAGGCCCCGGAGAUCACUCAGGAGCUGAAAGGAGACCUCCAAGUGCUGAAGAUGAGAGCAUCCUUGGAUCCUAAGAGGUUCUACAAGAAGAACGACAGAGAUGGCUUUCCCAAAUACUUUCAGGUUGGUACAGUGGUGGACAACGCUGCUGACUUCUAUCAUUCCCGUAUCCCUAAGAAGGAGAGGAAGAGAACCAUUGUGGAGGAGCUGCUCGCUGAUGCAGAGUUCAGACAGUAA